AUGGCAGAGCUUGCACUGCCGCGGGCUCUGUGCCUGAACCCGGCCGGGGUUCAACUCCAGGCAGGCGGCCUCAAAGGCCAGGCCUGGCCGGGUCGGUUCCGCGCGGCCCUCGGGCGCCUCCUGGUGGACUCUCGCCGAACAAACGCCGGGCGGCGGCGCUUCCGGACGGAGCGCCUGUCGGCUGAUCAGAUCAAGGAAUACAAGGGGGUCUUUGAGAUGUUUGACGAGGAGGGCAACGGGGAGGUGAAGACUGGCGAGCUGGAGCGGCUCAUGAGCCUGCUGGGUAUCAACCCCACCAAGAGCGAGCUGGCCUCCAUGGCCAAGGACGUGGACAGAGACAACAAAGGCUUCUUCAACUGUGAUGGCUUCUUGGCGCUGAUGGGGAUUUACCACGAGAAGGCCCAGAACCAGGAGAGUGAGCUGAGGGCAGCGUUCCAGGUCUUCGACAAGGAGAGCAAGGGCUACAUCGACUGGAACACACUCAAGUACGUGCUCAUGAACGCAGGGGAGCCCCUCAACGAGGUGGAGGCUGAGCAGAUGAUGAAGGAGGCGGACAAGGAUGGGGACGGAACCAUCGACUACGAGGAGUUCGUGGCCAUGAUGACCGGAGAGUCCUUCAAGCUGGUUCAGUAGGAGCAGCUGCUGUGGCUACGGGAGGCCUGCCCAGGAAGCCAGAGCCUGCCACUGCCUGCCCUGCCCCAACUGUGUCAAAUAAAU